AUGGCUCCUGCAAUCAUAUCUCUGGCCAUGCCGCUUUCCAACCGAGCACUGGCCGAUAAACCUACCAAGGCAUCCUAUACGACAGACGACCUGACUCUUGAAGCUUGGGGCGAAGGCUACCAUGUUGGCUCGCUCGUCAUACUCCUUCUGAUCGUCCUAUGUAACUACCGACGACAUGUUCUACUCCACAAGCUUAUCUUACUCGAGCUGUUCUUUGCCCUAUGGCAUGGCACCUUCAUCUUUUGUCAAGACCCGACUUAUGGCUGGUAUCUGAGCAGCACCGCGACUCUGCUCUUCAUAUCCUACCAGCUGCACAACAUCAUCUCGUGGAGGAAAAUCAAGCCAUUCCUUCCCCGAUGGGGUCAGCUGACCUUCAUCUUCACCAUCAUCGCCGUGCAGCCAUUCUGGAUCGUCGAAGCUUGGAAUAACUUUGAGUAUUUCAACGGGCUGGGCAACCUGAGCAAUAUCCAGACUCGGCCUUGGGAGGCGCUGGCUCGGGACCCCUGGUGGAUCUUCACAACGAUAAAGUUGAUCCAGGUCAUCAAAAAGGAUUACGGUUUUACCUUGUUGGGAUUAAUCCGCACAAGCCCUCGAUUCGCCAUCAUGAUAUUCUGCAUGCUCCUGUCCCUCGUCUUCCUCAUCAUGGACAUCAUCGUGACCGUGACUGGCAUGUCCCGCAACAGCGGCAUCAAUCCUUAUUGGCGGCUGGCGCUUGUCUUCAAAUGCGCCUCGGACACCAUCUUCCUCGACGACUUCAAGAUCGUCCUCGACCACAUCGUCAGCGUCUCCUUCAGCCGCUUCGGCGGAUCUCUCGGCGGCCGCAUUGACGCAUCUCACCACCGGCCCUCCUUCAACCCGGCGCCGCCAAGCUCGACGACGCUGCGCAACAUGAUACCGCCCGUGGUGCCCGGUGGUGGACCCAUCAUCACCAUCCACUCGGACAACGACCCAGCCGCCGGCGGCAACAACAGCGCCGACAAAACCCACAGCCGCAAGCCCAAGUCCUGGAGGCUGCAGAUCCCCAUCGCCUCGUUGUCCAAACCAAAGCUCCAGAUCCGUCAGGAAACCACAAUCACCACCACCAACGAACCCAGCGACCGCACCGACAUGGCCCCCUCCGUCUCCCAUGUCUCAGAAGAUACCUUUGUCACCAAACCGCAGACCGCGAAGCCGGGGAAGAAAGCUAGCAGUCCGUCAUCGUUGGGCUGA